UGAGGAGGUUUGUCAAAGGUUGGAAGGGUUGGAAGCUCUUAUUGUUAUGUGACCACGAAUGCCUGAUGCCUGGAGGAUAGGAAGAGUUGCAUAUUGCAUAUGUUGCCUGACAGAACGACAGAACGCAUACAGUAGAAUUGCUAGAAAAGUGACGUUCGGUCCAUUAUCAUUUAUUUUCAAUAAAUAAGUGUCACUUUAUUAUUGAUUAAAAAAAAAACAAUGGAUACACACGAAGAAGAUGACAUUGAAGAAUUACAAUCUACUGUGUACACUUUUCCUUCGAAUGUACAGUCUGUAAUAGAACAGGUUUUGCCGAGCACAGAUCCACUGGAUCAGCCUAAUUUCAAUGUAGUAGAUUACAUAAAUACACUCUUUCCAACGGAGCAAUCUCUAUCCAACAUAGAUGAUGUAGUGAAUGAGAUGGAGCUUAAAAUUUGUUCAAUCGACAAAGAAGUAAGGUCCGUUGUUAGGGGACAGACUAACGUGGGUCAAGAUGGAAGAGUCGCGUUGGACAAUGCGCAAAAAGUUAUAAGACAAUUAUUCAUACACAUCAAAGAUAUAAAGGACAAAGCUGAACAGUCGGAAGAGACAGUGAAAGAAAUAACAAGGGAUAUCAAACAGCUUGAUUUUGCUAAAAGAAAUCUCACAGCUUCGAUCACUGCUUUGAAUAAACUACAUGUUCUCGUCGGCGAAGUUGACAGUUUAAAAGUUCUAACACAGAAGAAACAAUAUGGCGAAAUAGUUCUCAAACUGCAGGCCAUUAUGGAAGUAAUGAGAUUUUUCAACAGUUACAUGGAUAUACCGCAGAUAAAACAAUUAGCCGACGAAGUACGUCAGAUUGAAAUAGAAUUGGCACAACAAAUUACCUCUGAUUUUAAAGAGGCGUUCUCUGGUCAAAACCCAAAACAUUUUGCACAGCUGACAGAAGGAUGCUUGGUGCUCUCUGUUUUGGACUCUAAAGUCAAGCGUGAUUUGCUUGCAUGGUUCGUCGGAAUACAACUGCAAGAAUACGCUCAUUUGUUCGACGAGAAUCAGGAUUACGCGUGGUUGGAUAAAAUCGACCGUCGUUACACGUGGAUCAAAAAACAUUUGCUCGAUUUCGAGGCGAAAUUUGGCACGAUAUUCCCACCGGAUUGGGAAAUUUCAGAACGAAUAGCUGUCCAAUUUUGCAAUGUAACCAGAGAAGACCUUGCCAAGUUGAUGCAUAAGAGACACGUCGAAAUCGAUGUGAAAUUAUUGCUCUACGCUAUUCAGAGAACUACGGGAUUUGAAAGUCUGUUGGCAAAACGAUUCUCAGGUGUUACGCUCGAAGGCUCGGAUACUACAAUCAAAGUGCCCAUUCCUAAUGUUCAGGGAGAAAAUCCUGUUUCUACUAAUCCCUUCGAAGAAGGCGACGUCGAAAAGGUUGAGACCGAGAAACCAGCGAUAUCACCGUUUGCAAAUCUCAUAGGAAAAUGUUUCGAGCCAUAUUUACACAUUUACAUCGAGAGUUUAGAUCGAAAUCUCGCCGACUUGAUGGAGAAGUUUGUAAGCGAUUGUAAGAGUCAGCCACCAGGAGCGAAAGACUUCGAUGGCGUGGAAGGCCCGAGCAGCGUUCUAUCGUCGUGUGCCGAUUUAUUUGUAUUUUAUAAAAAGUGUAUGCUUCAAUGCACCCAACUUAGUACCGGUUCGAUUAUGCUGAAUCUCGCAGAAACCUUUCAAAAAUAUCUCCGAGAGUACGCUUUAAAGUUGCUACAAAAUAACUUACCGAAGAUCGGAGGAAGUUCCGGAAUUGGAACGAGUAUGAGCAACAUCACUCGCGAUUUUCGGGAUCUUUCGACUGCGGGUUUGAUACAAAAUUUUCAAAGUUUUUUGAAAGAAGGCGAAAGUACAAGAUUCAGCAAAGAAGAGCAAUCGCGAAUAUGCUGUAUCUUAACAACAGCUGAAUACUGUCUGGAAACGACACAGCAAUUGGAGGAAAAAUUACGAGAAAAAACAGAUCAAUGCUACUCCGAAAAAAUCAAUUUGUCCCAAGAGCAGGACAUUUUUCAUAGCGUUAUUUCGAAUUGCAUACAAUUACUGGUACAAGAUCUUGAGGCACCUUGCGAAACGGCUUUAACUGCUAUGACCAAAAUACAAUGGGCAGCGAUCGAAGGUGUCGGCGAUCAGAGCAGUUACGUGAGCACGAUCGUUGCUCACCUUAGACAAACCAUUCCGGCGAUACGAGAUCGAUUAUCGUCGUGUCGAAAAUACUUUACCCAAUUGUGUGUCAAGUUUGUAAGUUCUUUCAUCCCAAAGUUGGUACAGCAACUAUACAAAUGUAAGCCUUUGAACGCGGUGGGAGCGGAGCAAUUGUUGCUCGAUGUACACAUGCUGAAAACAGCGUUGCUCGAUCUCCCUUCAACGGGUUGUCAAGUAGCGAGGAAAGCUCCGGCUACGUAUACAAAAGUGGUAGUCAAAGGGAUGGCAAAGGCGGAGAUGAUUCUUAAAAUUGUUAUGUCGACGACAGAGUGUCCUCGGGCAUUUGCCGAUCAGUGUAGAAAACUUUUACCAGAUUUGCAGAUACCAGAGUUUCAAAAGAUCCUCGAUAUGAAGGGUCUGAGAAAAACCGAGCAACUCCAAUUGGUCGAACAAUUCCGACAAACCGGCACAAACGACGCAACGCGAGAUCAUUACGUUCCACGAGACAGUCCCGAACACGAAGCCGGAAAAAUCAAGAGACUUGAAAAAUUAAUUAAAAAAAGAAUGUAGAGAAAAAAACGAAAUAAUUAUUGUAAAUACAGUGGGAAAAUUGUCAUAUUGCAA